UUCCUUUUCUGAGGAAGUCUGAAUUCCGAUUGUGAUUGAUUGUCUCGUUUGCGUGGCCUGCAACAAACAUAAACAAAUCAUUUCCAGUUACCAAAUCAGGCGGCACAACGGGCGACGCCGGUGAAUAAUUUUAAUGUCGUCGUCGUCGUUCAUUUUCGUCCUAAACAACAAUCUAUAAAUAAGAUGUCCGGCGGAAAGCUUUUCUCCAUAUUUACCUACUACUGCCCACGCGAAGGAAACAAUCCCAUCAAUCCACCAACGUCGCGAUAUUCUGCUUCUGCGAGGAAAAUUGUUGGCCAACGCUCCCGUCGAAUUGCGGUUUGUCAAAGCUUCAAGGAAUCGGAAUAAAAUAUUGAACAGCCGCUCCGCCUUGUCUUUUCUUCAGAUUCAGAAUCUUCGAUUAGGUCGACAAAAGGGGCAGAAAUAAAAUCCCCAUCGCGUUCUCUUCCUUCCGUCUCCCUCUGGGAGGGAAUCGGAUUUGCUCUGCAAUGGCGAUUGACGAAGAAACCCCAAUUCUCGUUGACCAGAACGUGGUUCAAUCUCCGCCGCUCAAUCACAAGAGAGAUGUUCAUAUCCUUUGCUGGGCUUUCCUCCUGAUUUUCCUCGCUUAUGGGGCCAUUCAGAAUCUGGAAAGCACAAUCAACACUGAAGGGGAUUUAGGGACUACGUCGUUGGGUAUAUUGUAUGUAUCGUUUGCAGUAUUUUCUGUGGUUUCAUCAGUGGUGGUGAGGAAGCUGGGAGCAAAAUAUGCUUUGGUUCUUGGCACAACUGGAUAUUGGCUGUUUACAGCUGCAAAUUUGCUGCCCUCUUGGUAUACUAUGGUGCCGACUUCUGUGUACCUGGGAUUUGCAGCUUCGAUAAUAUGGGUUGGGCAGGGGACUUAUCUUACUUCUGCUGCUCGCAGUCAUGCAAGUGACAACAAAUUACAUGAAGGAACAGUAAUUGGGAGAUUCAAUGGACUGUUUUGGGGGAUGUUUGCAGCUCACCAGCUUGUUGGCAACCUUGUAACUCUUACUCUUCUAAGAGACAAUGGAGGAGUCACGACUGGAACAACAUUACUCUUCAUUGUCUUUCUCUUUAGCAUGACAGUGGGAACGAUUCUCAUGUGCUUCUUGAGUAAUAGAAACACUCGAGACGAACAACUUGAAAACUCCCCUGUUACCCUUUCGUCUUCUGUUGGAUCUUUGGUGAAGUCUAUGCUGAAUCUGUUACUCGACAUAAGAAUCCUCCUUGUCAUCCCACUUAUCUUAUACUCGGGAUUGCAGCAAGCAUUUGUGUGGGCUGAAUACACCAAAGAAAUCGUCAACCCAGUACUCGGAGAACAGGGUGUUGGCGGUGCAAUGGCUGUUUAUGGAGCUUUUGACGCAGUUAGUUCGCUGUUAGCCGGUCGGUUGACCUCCAAUCUUUCAUCGAUCAUGAUAAUAACAUUAGGCGGAUCUUUAAUCCAGCUUCUUGUACUACUUUGGCUUCUGCUGAACUACAGCGCGGGCAGUGGACUACUCGCUACCUUGCUCCCACUUCUUAUCGGCGCCCUGUGGGGCAUCGGAGACGGAGUUCUCAACACACAGCUGAGUGCCUUGCUCGGAAUGCUCUUCAAACAUGACUUGGAAGGAGCGUUCGCACAGUUUAAGCUCUGGCAAAGCCUGUCGAUAGCUGUGGUGUAUUUCAUCAGCGCGUCUAUUUCGAUGCAGACAAUGGUGGCGAUAAUGCUCGUCGCCCUCUGCAUUUCCGUCGCCUGCUUCCUCUUCCUCACGCUCAAGGUGGAAAAUGUUCUCCUACGCCGCCGCGACUCGUCUUGACCUCCAUCGGAUCACAGAAAAGGACCCUGUCAGCUUAAAAAGCUAUUUAAAUAUAUAUAUAUAUAUAUAUAUAUUAUAUUUAAAUGUAAUUUAAUAGAUUUAAAUAUCAGUUAAUUAGGAUGUUAAAAUUAGGUGUGUUUCUCUUUAUACCUACACGUGUUAUAUUAAGGGUGUGUUUGUUAA